AUGUAUGAUCCGCAUCCUCACGGGAAAACUCGUGACCACGACCAAGAGCAGGAGGUCAUUCCCGCGAUAAGGCUUGACGAUGCUGAAUGGAAGAUAAUCCAGCAGAACACAUUCACCCGCUGGGUGAACAAUCAUCUCAAGAAAGCUGGGGAUUCCAUCCACAGCCUAGAAACGGAUUUUUCUGAUGGCUUGAAGCUUAUAAGCCUGGCCGCCGUGCUUUCACAGAAGAACGUUGGCCGGUUCAACAAGAAGGUCAACUUCCGUUCGCAAAAGCUUGAGAAUGUUUCUCUCGCGCUGAAGUUCUUCCAAGAUGUUGAGCACAUCAAAAUUGUAAAUAUUGACAGUUCACAUAUUGUGGACCAAAAUAAGAAGCUGAUUCUUGGCCUAAUAUGGACGUUGAUUCUACACUAUUCGAUUUCCAUGGGUUGGGUUCAGUUUCGAGCGGAAAAGAACGACGGUCAGCCUGAAGAAACACCAAAACAAAAGCUGCUGAAUUGGAUUCGUAGCAAACUCCCUGCUGGAAUGCCCCUCACCAACUUCACCUCGGAUUGGAAUGACGGCAUUGCUGUCGGAGCUUUGGUUGGUUAUUUGACGGUAAACGCAAUGGUACCAGGAGCUGUUUCUGACUGGGACCAAUGGACACCAGAUCAUGCGCUAGAAAACACCCAGAAGGCGAUGCAGAUUGCUCAGGAUCGACUGGGUGUGGCACCAGUAAGUUUCUCUUUCUCAAAGUUUCUCUUUCUCAGCGAUCGUACUUCACACCCCGUUGGAAUCAACUAA